AUGCUUAUUUCAAAAGCUUAUUGCGACAGCAAUUGCGACACAUUGGAUAUCUUUCGCGAUUGCACUCCUACCGCUUUAGACCCUGGAAAAUCCACAUCCACAGCCACAUCUACUGCUGCUGCUGCCUCUCAGCAGCUCGCUGUCGUUGCCGCUGGUGCGCCGCACCGCACUACCGGUGGUGCCACCCACGAAAGUGGUGGCACAGCUUCCGGGACUCAUCGACGGCGCCGCCGCGGUGGAGAGGUCAUGGGCGCUGAGGGAGGUGGAGGGGGGAAAGGAGUCAAAGCCGGGGUUGACGGGGAUGUCGGCGAUCCGACAAGGGGCGACCGUGUAGCAGGACCCAGCACUGCAGUCCACGGCGGCGACGGCGGCGGCAGUACCAAGACGACAACCAACCCCACCGUCCCGCCAGGCACAGCCGCCGCCAAUAAGCGCCAUCCGGAGAAGCCGCUGGAAACUCCACCUUGGAUGGUUCUGGAGCUGCUCCAGGAGGGGGGUCUCCUGGGCCCUCUGGCCCCUCUGGCGGCCCGCCUCAACGUCUCCUUGCCGCCGCUGCCUCGGCCCUCCCUGGACGCCAUCAUCGCUUCCACCGGCUUGAAUGUCUCCGUGCUGCUCGGCAUAACGGACAUCCUAACCGAUACUCUUAACGACCUAACCGACACGAUCAGCACGGGUCGGUUGUCAGUUACGGUUCGCGGGCUGCUGUCGCAGCUGCCGGCGUUCAGUCUGCCGGCGGGCACGGGGGGCAAUGGCAGUACUGCAACGACAGCGGCGGGGUUGCGGCCGGGGUUGGUGAUGGCGAGGCGAGGCUAUCGGGCGAAGCAUCCCGUGGUUAUCGUCCCAGGUUUCGUGACAUCGGGUUUGGAGCUCUGGCAGGGGUUACCGUGCGGCCGGCGGUACUUCCGACAGCGCAUGUGGGGGACCUUGGCGAUGGUGCAGGAUCCUGCUGGUAUCAAGAUUCGGGCCGCUGUGGGGCUGGAGGCGGUUGACUACUUCAUACAGGGAUACUGGGUAUGGGGGAAGCUGGUAGAGGCACUUGCAGACGUCGGGUACGACAGUAACAGUCUUGUCAGCAUGCCGUACGACUGGCGCCUUGCCAUGCCACUCCUGGAGGAGCGCGACGGUUACUUCACCCGGCUACGUCUUACGAUUGAGGGACUGGCGGAGGUCAGUGGGGAGCGAGUGGUCAUCACGGCACAUUCGUACGGCGAAAACGUGGUUCGCAGCUUCAUGAGCUGGGUUGAGGCGGCCCGGUCCGGCUGGGUGACCCGCUACGUCGCGGCCAUUGCCAACAUAGCGGGCACCACUCUGGGAGUGCCCAAAUCCGUGUCGGCGCUGCUGUCGGCCGCCCCGACACAAAAUAUUCCAUCAUCGUACAAUUUCUUGUCGUUACGUCAUGAUCUCAUUCGUACAGGGGAGACUCGCGACACAGCCCAGUUGGGGGCAUUGGCGGGUUUUCUGACGUCCAAUUUGGUUCCCCGGGGAACCCGUACACGGGUUUGGCGCACGUGGGGGGCGUCGUACGCCAUGUUGCCGAUAACUCGGUUGGAUGUUAGCGGUUUCCUGGCUCUUCUUCGGGAGGUUGGCGGACCCCUCGUGCACCAGCACAUGCGGGAGUGGGGCGCUGUGGACCUGUCGGCUGGCCCGGAUGCCGCCUCCUCCACGAAAGGGGCGGGGGAGGGGGAGGGAGAGGGGGAGGGGGAGGCCGCGAAUGUCGGCGAGGCGGAGGCGAAUCCCGAGUCGGGCCCCGCGGCGGGGUGGACGAUUCUGAAGGACGUGUCGGAUCCGGGCGGUUCGCUGGACGUGGGAGUACAGAUGAGCGAUGGGGACGGUACGGUGCCGCUGCUGAGUUUGGGCCUUAUGUGCCGCCGCGGCUGGCGACCCGGCGGGUCACUCAAUCCCGGGGGAAUGCGGGUAAUCACCCGGGAGUUCAAACACAGGAGCGUGUCAUUGCUGCAAGAUGCGCGUGGCGGGCCCGCGACGGCGGCCCAUAUUGAGAUUCUGGGUAACGAGGCGGUUUUGCAGGACGUGAUCCGGAUCGCGGCGGGUCGGUUGGACGAGCUAUCUGACGUCAUCCACAGCGACAUUGACCGCAUCGCUGCGUCGGUUGAGUUUUGA